AUGAAGAUCCUUGCAUUCGUUUCAUUAUUUGCAUGUAUUGCACUUUCAUUUCCCUUGUUUGAUUUUGCUCCUGAUUGGCCAUUUAAUGCGUUUUCGUUGUUGCAUGGGAAUGGACACCAAGACCGUCUCCUCAAAUUGGGACCAGAUGAAUAUAGACUUGCUUCAGAGCAGGAGAAAUUGAACUUGAAAAGAGCAAACAAGAGGUUUAUUGAUAUGACUGAACAGAUUUCCAUUGAUGUUGCUGUUGAGCAAGGCUUGGUUGCCAAACCAUCGCAUUCCUUGUGGCAAAAGUUGUUCUUUAUUGGCUCCAAGCAAAUUGACACGUUGAAAAAGCCUAUUCCAGUCUACAAUUAUCCUAAAAAGACACAGUAUAGCUCAGAAGUUAAAAAUUUGUAUAACUCGAUUGAUAUCGAUGGCGUCCGUGAUAACUUGAGCAAUUUUACUUCCUUCUACACUAGAUAUUACAAGACCGAAAGUGGGGCUGAAAGUGCAGCCUGGUUGUUUGAUCAACUUUCCAACUUGAUUGCCCCAUUCAAGGAAAUCAAAAUUGAAAAGAUUCACCACAAAGGUUGGGAUCAAUUUUCAAUCAUCGUUUCUAUUCCCGGUGAGGUAAAGGACAAGGUUGUAGUUGGAGCACAUCAAGACUCAGCCAAUUUGAUUUUACCAAACAUCAUGCGAGCACCAGGAGCAGACGAUGAUGGAUCGGGUACUGUGACCACUUUGGAGUCUUUGAGGAUAAUUCUUGAGGCGUACAGAACGGGCACUUACAAACCUCACAACACGUUGGAGUUUCACUGGUACUCUGCUGAAGAAGGUGGGUUGUUGGGUUCCAUUGAUGUUUAUUCGAGGUACGCAUCCGCCAAGGAGGUUGUUGUUGGUAUGUUGCAACAAGACAUGACAGGAUACACACAGGGAAGUAUUGAUGCUGGAGUGGAGCCACAUUUUGGAUUGAUUGAGGAUUACACAAGUGUCGAAUUGAACAGCUUCAUCAAAUUGAUUAUCGAGACGUACAACUCCAUUCCUUAUCAUUCAAGUGAAUGUGGGUACGCUUGCUCAGAUCAUGCUAGUGCUUUGGAAAACGGAUAUCCGUCAUCAUUCCUCAUUGAGAGUGAAAUGAAAUAUUCCAACAAGUACAUUCACUCAGUCAUGGACACCAUUGAUAGAAUUGACUUUGAACAUGUGAGAGAGCACGUCAAAUUAACCGUAGCUUUCGCAUAUGAGUUAAGUUUGGCUAAGAAAUUACAUUGA